AUUCACCAAGAUCAAGGUCAAGAACCCCGUCGUGGAGCUCGACGGUGAUGAGGUAUGUUGUUCCGGUCUGGUAGGACUUGCAUGGGGAUCAUUGCAAAGCUUUAUAGUCGGCUGUGGUACCUCUUCGUCGGAGACAGGCGCGCCAUGACGGCAAGGCGCACCUGAAAACGCGGGGCAGCAUAGCCGCGGCUGCAUUCUCCCAUGCGGCCAAGGACCAAUCUCUCCGACGAUUCAGAGCCUUGAAGAGUUCUGGAUCGUAAAUCUCUUGACAUGUGCUAAUAUUGUUCCUAGAUGACCCGUAUCAUCUGGAAGGAGAUCAGAGAGAAGGUGAGUCUGCCUUACCUCGAUAUCGACCUCAAGUACUACGAUCUUGGUCUUGAGUACCGUGAUCAGACCGACGACAAGGUCACCGUCGAGGCCGCUGAGGCCAUCAAGAAGUAUGGUGUCGGUGUCAAGUGCGCCACCAUCACUCCCGAUGAGGCCCGUGUUGAGGAGUUCAAGCUGAAGAAGAUGUGGCUGUCCCCCAACGGCACCAUCCGUAACAUCCUCGGCGGUACCGUCUUCCGUGAGCCCAUCAUCAUCCCCGCCAUCCCCCGUCUUGUCCCCGGAUGGACCAAGCCCAUCAUCAUUGGCCGCCACGCUUUCGGUGACCAGUACCGUGCCACCGACCGCGUCAUCCCCGGCCCCGGAAAGCUCGAGCUCGUCUACACCCCUGCCGGCGGUGAGGCCGAGACCAUCAAUGUCUACGACUUCCAGGGUGGUGGUAUUGCCCAGACUCAGUACAACACUGAUGAAUCCAUCCGCGGAUUCGCCCAUGCCAGUUUCCAGAUGGCAUUGCUCAAGGGUCUUCCUCUGUACAUGAGCACCAAGAACACCAUCCUGAAGAAGUACGAUGGUCGCUUCAAGGACAUCUUCCAGGAGAUCUACGAGUCUACCUACCAGAAGGACUUUGAGGCCAAGAAGAUCUGGUACGAGCACCGUCUCAUUGACGACAUGGUCGCCCAGAUGAUCAAGAGCGAGGGUGGCUUUGUCAUGGCCCUCAAGAACUACGACGGUGAUGUCCAGUCUGACAUUGUCGCUCAGGGCUUCGGCUCCCUUGGUCUGAUGACCUCCACUCUGGCCACCCCUACCGGUGAGGCUUUCGAGUCUGAGGCUGCCCACGGUACCGUGACUCGUCACUACCGCGAGCACCAGAAGGGCCGUGAGACCUCCACUAACCCCAUUGCCUCUAUCUUCGCCUGGACCCGUGGUCUGAUCCAGCGUGGCAAGGUCGACGAGACCCCCGAGGUUGUGGCCUUCGCUGAGGAGCUUGAGAAGGCUUGCAUUGACGUUGUCAACGAUGAGGGUAUCAUGACCAAGGACUUGGCUCUGGCCUGUGGCCGCAAGGAGCGCGAGGCCUGGGUCACCACCCGCGAGUACAUGGCUGCCGUUGAGCGCCGCCUCAAGUCCAACCUCAAGGCUCGCCUGUAAAUCCUUUCCUUGUUGCAUUUUUGAAUAUUGCUUAGCGUGCGGCUCGUAAGGCUGGUUUGUGAUUUUCUAGUUUUUGGAUCGAAGGACGACAUACCAUGGUGACCAUAUUGUACAGUUCUGGGCUGGGAAGGAAGGGGCAAUUGCACAAGCCCCCUGACCCGAAUGCAAGGUCAAUGAUGUAAAGCAUCUUUCUAGCUGGAGUUUUUCCUGGACCUUUGUAUAAGCUCUGUCUCCGCGUUGUUCCUACACUUCCCAUGUGUGAUGAAAAAUUAUGUACAUGCC